AGAGCAUCCAGAUAGUUAGUACCAAAUAGUGUUUGACCUGUGCAAUUGACUUUAUCUUCUAAACUUAACUUAAGCUGGAAUCCAGGCACUUUCAACCAUCUCAGUAAGAUAUCGCAGUCACCGAUUUCUAUUACCAAGCAUCCAUUGGGGUACCUAUCCUUAACACGGUAUUCAAUGCUAGAUGGAUGCCUAUCUGGAUGCAAAUGAAUGGAUCUUGUUCACGUAAUACCCAAGUACUUUAGCUGCAGAGUUAGCUGUAGCUAUAUAUGUAUCUUGGAGUAUACUUCAUUAGGAAAGGCAAAUACGUCACUUUCAACCAUUUGAAGGGUUCGUGAGAGUCUACCAUAACCCUAAGAUACUCGAGAAAAUUGUCAAUAAACUUGGCCCAUAUGGACAGCUAGGCGGCAGACUCAAAAAUGCCCGCCCUAGUUAGGUCCAACUCGUUUAUCUUCCCUGAUCUCGACUUUACGUUACGACGUCAGUUCAACAAGACUGGCUUUCGUCCAUUCCAGCGAGAGAUCAUACAAGCUGCGCUGGAUGGCAACGAUGUCUUCGUUCAAGCAGCCACAUCCUUCGGGAAGAGUUUAUGCUUUCAGCUUCCUGCCGUAGUAGAUCAAGGCAGUGAGUUCUUAACCUCUUCCUCCCCAUUCUUAUUAUUUCGCUUUUAUUUCCCAUCAAUGCUAGCGUUUUACUUACAUUGAGAUGUAGUUACUAUUGUUGUAUCGCCAUUGCUGAGUCUCAUGAUGAACCAGGUGGAAGCUCUUCGAGCUGCCGAUAUUAACGCUAGCUCGUUGAAUAGCAACACGCCUCUGGUAGAAAAGGACCGCAUUAUGAAUGAUCUCAAAACUGGUCACCCCCGAACUCGGUUACUCUAUGUAACCCCAGAGCUUUGCGCCCAGGACCGUUUCCGGGACAGGUUGAGGGUGGUUCACGAACAACGAGAACUUGCGCGUAUCGCUAUUGACGAGGCGCAUUGCAUCUCGGAAUGGGGCCACGACUUCCGCAAGGAUUUCAAGAGACUAGCAUGGUUUCGAGAGUCGUUUCCGGACGUGCCUAUUAUGUGUCUGACAGCAACAGCCAACAAUCAGGUGCGCAAUGAUGUGCUCGCUAUCCUUAGGUUAGACGUGAACCCGGAAAGGCUGAAAACGUUCACAAUGACUGCCCACCGGCCAAAUCUCCACUUCGAGAUUCGAUUCACACGUGAUGAAGAUGAUCAGCGUCUAGACGACUUCCUCGGAUGGAUCCGCGGCGUAUAUCAACGUAGAGCCAAGGAUCCACGAAAGAGUGAGCUUACCACCAUCGGUGAGCGAGCUGAGAACGUUCCUGGCAUCAUCUACACUAUUUCGCGGGAUGAGUGUGAGAAUCUUGCCUCGCAGCUCAGACAGGAAGGCAUCGGUGCCCAACCAUUUCAUGCAAAACUGUCGAAAGAGACUAAGGAACGUGUUCUUGCUAAAUGGGUAUCGAACGAACCUGGGUAUGACAUAAUCGUAGCUACAACCGCGUUCGGUAUGGGUAUUGACAAGAACAAUGUCCGUUUUGUUGUUCAUUGGAGGCUACCUAAAUCCUUCGAGGGAUAUUAUCAAGAAGCUGGACGAGCUGGGCGUGACGGAAACGCUGCGUACUGCUUUCUCUACUACAGUCGUGAAGAUAGGGACCGAGUCAGCAGCCUGAUCGUGCGAGAUCGCAAUUCGGUUUCGAAUUCCAAUUUCGAGGCACGCGCCAGAAGCCUGCAGGCUCUAGCCCAAUACUGUGAGAGCACAAAUGCUUGCCGCCAUAAGCUCAUCUGCAAAUAUUUCGGAGAAAAUGACACUCCAGCAUGUGAUUAUGCAUGCGACUGGCAUAAAGACAGCGCCGAUCUUCAGCGGCGUUUCCUUAGGGGACUGGCAAGUGAGGAGUGGGUCAGCACGCAAAGAGAGGAAGGGGUGUAUGAAGUAGAUUGGGAUGAGUAAUGUAUAAAGAAUCUUCGUUGGCGGAAAAGGUCCGAUUCGUAGUGUAACAGCUACGUCGAUGUUUGGUCCUGGAUAGAAGCAAAUCGGUAUGCUAAUGCUGUUAGCACCCUAACUUCUAAGGCACCUUACGCAUGCCAUGUUACAUCCCUCCAAUCGGCUCGAUCGCGACCCCGCAUGUUUAACAUCAGCCCGCAGCUCUGAAGUAAAGCUCCUCCUUAUCCAAUUAUACCAAUAUCCAAUUCUUUAGUAGGAAUUCUCUAAAGG